CACCUGUUUGUCAGGUACGCCUGUUGUAUCCUCCUGCUGCUACGCAUAGGAAAGGGUGACUCACGAAAAAAUAUGGAGGACGAGACGAAACCUUACGUGUGAUUUUGUUUUAGUUCUCAUUAUUAUUUUACUCCUGUAAUAUUUAUCCAAGUUUCAGAUUAUGGAUUUACGUGAACCUGUGAGGAUAUCUCUCAACCGCGUUCUCUUUGAGUGUCUUGUGCUGAUCACUGUGCUAUCCUCGGUGUCUUCCAUAAAGGUGAGCGCCCCAUCUGAGAUCGCUGCAGUACGGGGCCAAGAUGUGACCCUGUCCUGCUCGUUCACCUCCAGCAGUGGCCCAACCAGCCGCAUGUCCGUGGACUGGUCCUUCACCCCCGCCGAUGGCGGAGUCCGACAGUCGAUGUUCCACUUCUACGGGACGCCGUUCCCCCCCGUCCAGGGUCCGUUUAAGGAUCGGAUCAAGUGGCUGGGCAGUCCGUCCCGGGGCGAGGCCACCAUCCAGCUCCUCAACGCCACCCUGGCCGACAACGGCACCUACACCUGCUCCGUCAAGAACCCUCCGGACACGCACGGCGCACCCUCCCAGACCGUGCUCACCGUCACGCCCAAAAAGGUGACCAUUCGUCUGUCUGAGGUGAUGGUGCUGCUGCUGUUCGUCCUGGUGCCCUCAGCUGUCAUCGGCAUGGCGCUGCUCUGUCGCAUCCUCUGCCCCUGCUGCCCCCAGGGGGAGACCCCGCCCAAGGGCCAGGGGUAUCACUCAUCCAUCGAAGUCACCGAGAGAGACAUGUAUGACUACAAGCACCCGGCCCAGCGGGAGAAGACUCCGACGUGCUGUGAAAUGUGGUUUACGGACUCUGACGGAGAGGAGGAUGAGUACCACCUUCAUCACCCCGUUCAUCAUCAGAAAGGGGAAGGCAUGGAGGAAUCCCAGUGCUAAUGGUCAAAUGGCCUGACCGGCAGUUAAGGGGGAGUACUAAAUAUGUCACUGGUACAUUAGACGUACUGCCAAGCAGCAUUAAUACUGCAAUCAAUUGGAGGGACCCCUGUGGGAAUGGAUGCUUUCAAAGAAGACACACACACACACACACACACACACACACACACACAUACACACUCUCUAUAUCUGUCUGUCUGUCUCUGUCUCUCUCUCUGUCUCUCCCUCUCUCUCUCUCCCUAACACACUCUCACACUCACACACACAUUCUCUAUCUCUCUCUGUCUCUUUUGUUUCUUUCUCUUUCACUCUCUUUCUCUCUCUCUCUCUCUCUCUCUCUCUCUCUCUCUCUCUCUCUCUCUCUCAGUCUCUCUCUCACUCACACACACAUACACACAUACACACACACACACACACACACACACACACACACACACACACACACACACACACACACACACAGAGACACAUGUAUUUUUCUAGUAUCUGUUUUCAGUAGUAAUGGGUUGAAAACAUGUGAUGUGGGCUCUGGUAGGUGAGAUGACUCAGGGUGAUGAGUCAGCCAGAGAGAUAAUGGUCUUAAUUGGACGCACUGAAUAAUCGGAGAUGUCAUGUAAAUAAUUGGCUGGCCCCUGGCCCUGAAAGGUGCCUGACCCCCCCCCAGUUUGCCCCCCCCCCCCCCCUUGCCUCCAUUCAUUUCAUUGUGCCCUGCGUCUCAUCAUAACGCCUUUCUCAGUCCUCUUUCAGUCUAUUAGUGAGUGGCACCUCUGAAAGCGCUCAAAGCAUUCGCCGAGCCGUGUUUUAAUCAACACUGUUGGCGCUUUUGCAUUGACAAUGUGGAGCCAAUCUCAAUGUCAAAGAAAACAAAUUUGAAAAAUCGUCUAGAAGUAGAUGUGUGUGUGUGUUUUUGUUUUUUUUUAAACUAAAACUUAACUUAAGCUUUUUGAUAAUGAUUUGAUUUGGAUGUGAUGAAUGUGAGAAUCACGUCAAACUGUGAAUCACUUGAUCAAUUAGGAUGUGCUGAAAAUUAGUUUGAUUGAAUGUCCCCAUGCCUUUAAAAGUCAGAUAGAGCUUAAGCUUCCUUUGAUUCUUUGUUUUCUCAUGUUGGAAUUUAUAUUUUAUACAUGAAAUUCUUCAAUGCCCUUUAUUUAAAGACUUAUAGAAGAUAUAUUGUAUAUGUUGUCUAUUUUUUUCUAUAGUGGAGCACUUUACUGGUGUUGUAAUGCAAAUAAAUUUCUGAUUUUCACAUUUCUUAUGAGAACUUGCCUUAGGCUGUCUUUCAUAGACAUAAACAUCAUCUCCCAUUUAGAUGAUCAUAACAAAAGACCCGUGUUCUGUUAUGGAAUAAUGUAUAUUCUGGAUACUGCUGAUGGAAUACAGGAACAAACAGAAGAAAAAUAAUAAAACAAUACUAUUUGUUUCUUGUACAAAACAUGCAUUUCCAAUCGUGUCAAUAAACACCAAAGACAUCAGAAUCAUAA